AGACUCCAGAACACACACUACUGGUCAUUUAGGUUGGAGAAAUGUCUUCAGACGUCAUGGAGGUGGCUGCCCUGGGUCAACCUUUCACCUUAGGGAUGCUUUAUGAUGCUUUGCAACACAAACUAAUCCCAGGUGUCACAUUGUGGGAUGAAACCACUCUAGAAGCGCACACAGUUGAGAGAUCUCAGCACAGCAGUGCGUUUGAAAUUAUUGCAUCGGAUUCCAUUGAAGACAAGUUUUCUCUGCUGGAUGUUGAUGCUUCUCUGAAGGCAAGUUUCCUGAGUGGACUGGUUGAAGUUGAAGGCUCUGCCAAGUACGUGAAUGACAAGAAGAAAUUCCACCAUCAGAGCAGAGUGACACUUCAGUACAAAGCUACCACGAGUUUCAAACAGUUGUUAAUGACUCAUCUUGGAAGCGCUGAUAUACAACAAACAGAUGUUAUAGAGUCGGGCUUGGCAACACAUGUAGUCAUAGGCAUCCUUUAUGGGGCAAAUGCUUUCUUUGUAUUCGACAGUGAGAAGUUAGAGGCUAGCAGCAUUCAGGACAUCCAGGGUAGCAUGGAAGCUGUGAUAAAGAAGAUUCCUGACUUUGAUAUUGAGGGGAAGGUUGAUAUCAAGCUUACUGACAAAGAUAAAGCCCUGACAGACACAUUAUCCUGCAAGUUCUACGGGGACUUCCUUCUUGAAAGCAACCCUGCUACAUUUGAAAAUGCAGUGAAGACUUACAUAUACCUUCCCAAGCUACUGGGAGAACAGAGACAUAACACUGUUCCGCUGAAGGUCUGGCUGAUGCCGCUAAGGUAUUUGGUUUCCAAACCUCCUCAGCCGAUGAUUGAGAUCAGCGUUGGACCAGUAAGAAAGCUUCAGAAUGCUUUGGAAGACUUACAUCACCUGGAAAAAAGAUGCAAUGAUUUUCUGGAACACAAAGUAGUGAAACAUUUUCCAAAGAUUCAUGAAAAGUUGAGCAGCUUCCAGAAACUCUGUAUCUUUUACACAACCACACUAAAACAGAAUGUCGCAAAGAAACUUCUCCUCAUCAGGGCAGGAGAAGAAGAUGGGAGCGAAUUAGAAAAAAUCUUUGAAGAUGGAGACAAGUCACCAUUCAGUCCUGACAAAUUAACCAAGUGGGUGGAAGAUAAAGAGAGAGAAAUCAAUGUCAUCGGGUCCUGUGUAGAUAUGAUGGAGGGAGCAAAGAUCGUCCCAAACCAGUCAGAGUUGGACAGAGAGUCUCUUGCUCCAGGUGUAGAGCAUGCUCUGUGCUUUGUUUUCACCUCACUGGAAACUACUGAAGCCUACCUUGAGGAAUUGGCAGACUACAUGGAUCCACGUAAAUUACACAGUUCUGUGGGUGUCACUACACAAGACCACUGGUACUUCUCAGACGAAGUGGUAACCAACAUGAGACAAAAAGCCAAAGCUUUUCAUGAGCUUUCCAAAGCCCUGAAGAACAACAGGAGAUUCAGGUUCCUCGAAUCCGCUAUAGCCAAUGAGGAAUAUAAGGGUGCAAGCAUCUACCAUUACAAAGAGGGCAUUCUGAUCACUGAUGAUUUUUCAAAGCCCGAACUGCCUCCUGUAGAGACUAUCAAAGACAAAAGUGCUCUAAUUUGGUAUGCCUGUGUUCUCACCCUGGAUCCAGACACAGCAAACACACACCUCACUCUUUCCGAGGGAAACAUGAAGGCGACAUAUCACACAGAACUCCAACCGUAUCCUUAUCUGCCACAGAGAUUUGAUCAUUUCUCUCAGGUUUUGUGCAGCGAGGGGCUGACUAGGCAGUGUUACUGGGAGGUAGAGUGGAGUGCUGGCUCAAGUGAAGAUGUUGCUGUAGGUGUUUGCUACAAAGGAAUGCUUAGGAAAGGAAACAGUCAAUUGUGCAGGCUUGGAUGGAAUGAAAUGUCUUGGUGUUUAGGCCACAGGUGGUCCCCACCUGCAGCUACACUCUAUGCAGAGCACGAUAAGGAGUGCCAAUAUUCCCCUCUUCCAUCCGCUGGCUGCAGCCAACUUGGAGUGUAUCUGGACUGGCCUGGUGGCACUCUGUCUUACUAUAAAGUCUCAUCUAACACACUGAGUCACCUCCACACCUUCCACACCAAAUUCACUGAGCCUGUUUACCCAGCCUUCAUGAUUUGGCGUGAAUGCAACUAUGUGUUCCUGUGCCUGUAAACCUGGCUGCGGCUGUAAACUGACAUGCUAUAUGCUGUUCAGUAGGGCUGGGUAACUCUCAGUACCAAGUGAUUCAAUUCAAGUUGUAGCCUCAUAGUCUGAUCCAGGUCGACAAGGCGUCCAAGUUCAAACUGUGUGUACAUUUUUAGACGUCUAUCUCACAUAUGCUCAGCGGCAUUUUCACUGAUCGUAUUCAACAUGUAGAAUUAAAAAAAACCUAGCCACUGACAUGCUGUUAAAACCUGUUAAGACUAUAUGCAUCCUAUAUUCAACAACUCACAUCGGAAUUCGUUCCAGGUGCAGAACGUUUGACGUUGUGCACCUGGUAUGCUUGAAGUCGGAAAUUUCAACUGGGAAAUUCCGACCUCCAACUUUGACUGGAAUGCAUUAAACAUAUACUCAUCAUCUUUAGAACUACUCUCUCUUGAAAAAAAAAUCCUCUCUUACGCACCCUUAUAUUAACAUUGUGUGAAACACAUAUUGGGCCACAUAUUAAGCCCCAGUCAGUGAGAGUCUCAGCCUCUUGUUUGCACUGAGUUGGUGUGUCUUUGGUUCAGAGACAUGUUGGCUGCUGCAGUAUACCUGCUUGCAUGAAUAGUUUUAUCAUCCUGUAUUAUCUAGAAUUAUUACAUAAGCAAGUAUUAGAAACCAUGGACACAUAAAAUAAACUACAUGUAUAGUUAGAUACCACUAUAGGUAAGAGAGAAAAGAUGUUCCGUUGUAAUUUGGGUGAACUGACCUUUUAAGGCAAGAGCUGUACAGUAUUACAGGUGUUACAUACAGAGUGACUGUAUAUUCUGCUUGGAUCGAUGGAAGUUAUUUGUGAAAUAAAAUACAGUGUGUCCGUCUCAUUGUAGGCUGCAUGUUUGCAAGACAAGUCAUGUUAAUUCUGUUACAAUGGUUGAAGCAGCUGUUACUGUACAUGAUACAGUGAAUAAUUGAACUCAUUGUGCUACGUUUGUUUGCAGUUUAGGCUGCCUUUUCAAAAUAAAAGGCAAAAGGCAGUAAACCAUUCUUUGGUGUUUCAUUUUUAUCUCUUUAUUUAUCAUUAAACUCUUCUCUUUUUCUUUUUACAAAAGAUCUUGGCUAGAUAAUAAUGAGAAUAAAUAUGAAAUAAAAUUGAAAACAUACUCCAAACCUAUCUAAACUAAAAAAAAAAAAAAAACAGGUUUGAAUUCAAACACUAUUACUAAGCUUUUUUACUAGAUAUUUAGUCAAUGCUGAUCCACAGAGGAAACCAACCGCAUUAAUUUUGCCUCAUGCCAAAAUCCGGCUACAUACACAUAAAUGUCUAAGCAGACAGAGUCAACGA